UGAAGAAGUAAAUUCAAACCAUCGCAGGACGAAGGUCUGGAGUGGUGGUGAAGCCGUUGCUGUACAAGUAAUACAGUACUGGUAACACCAUGUUUGAGCAAUGAUGCUAACUCGAGUUUUCCAAGCUGGCAUGUUGACGUUGCAAUUUUGCCGCAGACUCCGAGUUGCUCAUCUCAUCUGGCAGGUGUUGUGCAAUUAUCCAGAAUAUCACACGACAACGUCCCAUCGCACCAGAUAAUGUAAGAAAGAAAACCGGUUGCAAUGAGCUCAUUUCCUGUUCUCGCCGGGUUGCUGGUGCGGUGCCUUCAAUCGGAAUCCCUCGCCUUGGAUGUUCUCGCGUAGAGAUUCGUGCCCAUACGACCACCACAACUCCGAAAGACGCGGGGUGCAGAGGGUGAGGGGUGACACCGAAGCACAAGGCAACACAACGCCAUCCACUGACAAGCGGUGAGUUGUAUCUUCUCCACGAUUCGCGAGACCGAAACCGACACCGCAAAACAUGCGAGAGACAUUGGGGUCAUGUCAUGAAAGCCCGCACUUCCGGUGCGAUCUGCGUAACUGUGGUGGUUGACGAUGGGAUGAGUAGUCUGGAAACCGAUGCUUGAAUUGCGGGGGCAGCUGGAGCUCUCCCCUCCCCAUCUCCAAGCCUUUCGAGUUCUCUCCGAGUCUUUGUGGCACUUGCCACACAUACCUAGGUACCGAGUAUGAAUGUUAUAUUGAAGGGAUGGCAUCGGAUGGCGACAGUUGCCAUAUAAAACAUCAAAUUCUGGGCAGUUUUGAGAGUAGGUACGAGUCGGUAGAGUAUGUUGAGCGAGAUCAAGCGAGGUCGAGCUGGAGCGAGCAUGAGUGUUUCGUCCCGCCUCUUCGUGGUCGUUCAUAUCACGUGCACUCGUUAGGUGUGAGGUGGUCCGUCCCCUUUCUCACAAUUCAACUUCGCGAUCAGGAAAAGUUCGAGCGAUCAUCAACAUUACGCCCGCACCCUCAACAUCAGCUCUCUGCAAGUCCAGAAUCUCUUCAAGUCGCGUCUACAGCUACGGCUACUUACUCCUCCAAAAAUGUCGUCCUUCCUCGCCCGUCGCGCUUUGACUGUUAGCGCCCGCUCCUUCUCAACCUCCGCAUCCAGAUCCUCCUUCGCAAAGAUGACCAUCAUCGGUCGCCUAGCAGAUACACCCGAGCUACAAGCAACCAGCACAGGAAAUGAGAUCCUCAAGUAUGCCAUUGGAACCAACAGCGGACCAAGAGACAACCAAAAGACGAGCUGGUUCAGAGUAACAAGUUUCAUCCCAGAAGGACCACAGAGAGACUUUAUCGCAAGUUUGGAUAAGGGGUACGUUCUUCUACGCGUCGAAAUUGAAUGGAGUUGGCAUUUUGAGGGUGAAACCGCUAUUGCGGCUCAAAGCUUCAAAAAACAUAUGCGCUAGACUGAUGGGCAUGGCUAAUUGAUAUGAUUUUUAGAACCUUGGUUUAUCUCGAGGGCGAUGCUUCCAUGUCCGUAUAUCAAGAUGCUGAGGGCAAGACCAAGAGCUCUUUGAACAUCGUUCAACGUAAGUGACUUUGCCCAAAAUUCACCAAAUCUUACUCACCAUAGAUCGCAGAAAAACUCGAGGUUCUAUCUCCAAAGAAGCAACAAUAAAUAUUCGUCCAGAUUCUAAGCCAACAAAAUACCCACCUCCCUAAUACCUUGAUGUGCCAUACAAGACGCGUCAAUUAGGACCAGUGUACGAUAUUUGAUUUCAGAUGCUUGUAUAAAAGGAAAGUCCAAAGGAGAAUGUAUUUUGUACUGAAUACCAAUAUCAAUGCUACUCUACUCUAUUGCAGUCAA